CCCCUCCCUUUCUAGGGUUUCCGACUCCUCAUCCACAUCGUUACCUUCCUCCUCUCGUCCUCGCGAGCGAUCACCGCAUCGGGAGGUGAUCCCUCUCUUUGCCACCGCACUUGUGCCGUUCGCACUUUCGAAGUCUACGUAUGAUGGUAAGAAAUUUAUAAAGGAUUUAGGUCUUGGUUAUGAGAAGAUCCACUCAUGCCAAAACAAUUGUAUAUUGUACUGGGGUGAUAGGUCAGAUGAACAAUCCUACCAUGUAUUCGGUGCUUCUCAUUGGUUAACAACUACUACUGACAAUGUAACCAGUGAUAAUGUGGGUAAUGCCAAAAGAAAAGGAGGACUUGCAAAGAUCUUGCAUUAUAUUCGUCUAAUACCAAGGCUUCAGAGGAUCUUGGAUUUCUGAAUGCAAUGGACAAGCAACAAAGAAGACAUAGAAUUUUGAUGGUGUCUGAUUUUUUCUACCCAAAUUUUGGCGGUGUGGAAAGUCACAUCUAUUAUCUGUCACAAUGCCUGCUUAAGCUUGGCCAUAAGGUUGUUGUCAUGACACAUGCAUAUGGACAACGUUCUGGUGUACGGUACAUGACUGGCGGUCUUAAAGUAUAUUACGUGCCUUGGAGGGCAUUAAUCAUGCAGAAUACAUUGCCAACAUUCUACUUUACCCUCCCAAUUGUAAGGACCAUUCUUGUUCGUGAAAGGAUAUCUGUUGUGCACGGGCAUCAAGCUUUUUCGACGCUGUGCCAUGAGGCCUUAAUGCAUGCCAGAACCAUGGGAUAUAAAACAGUUUUUACAGACCAUUCACUGUAUGGUUUUGCUGAUGUUGGAAGCAUUCACAUGAAUAAGGUGCUGCAGUUUACUUUGGCUGAUAUAGAUCAGGCUAUAUGUGUCUCGCAUACGAGCAAGGAGAACACUGUCCUCAGAUCUGGAAUACCACCAGAGAAAGUCUUCGUAGUACCUAAUGCCGUUGAUACUGCUAUGUUUACACCCUCCCCUAAUCGCCUUAGUUGUGAUGAAAUUGUUAUCGUCGUGAUAAGUAGAUUGGUCUAUCGCAAGGGUGCAGAUCUUUUGGUUGAAGUUAUUCCAGAAGUAUGCCGACUUUUUCCAAAUGUCCGCUUUAUUGUUGGAGGAGAUGGACCAAAACGUGUGCGUCUUGAAGAGAUGAGGGAAAAGUAUUCUCUCCAGGACAGAGUUGAAAUGUUGGGGGCUGUGCAGCAUGCUCAUGUACGAUCUGUACUGAUUUCUGGUCAUAUAUUUUUGAAUAGCUCGCUUACAGAAGCCUUUUGUAUAGCAAUUUUGGAAGCUGCUAGUUGUGGAUUGUUAACAGUGAGCACAAGGGUUGGAGGGGUCCCAGAGGUUCUACCAGAUGACAUGAUAGUACUAGCAGAACCAGCUCCAAGUGAUAUGGUGAGAGCUGUUAAAAAGGCAAUCGACAUGCUACCUUAUAUAGAUCCACAUGCCAUGCACCUCCGUAUGAAAAGCCUCUACAGUUGGCAUGACGUGGCCAGAAGAACGGAGAUUGUGUAUGAUCAUGCACUUCACUCCUCAAACAAGAAUCUGCUGGAACGCCUUCCGAGGUACCUUAGAUGCGGAGCUUGGGCAGGCAAGCUUUUCUGCCUGGUCAUGUUAGUCAAUUUUCUUUUAUGGCGCUUUCUCGAACUUUGGCAGCCUGUCGAAAGCAUCGAGGAGGUUCCCGACAUAACAUUUCCAUUGCAAAAUGAUGAGUUAAUGCAUGAUUCCGCUGAAGUUCUUUAAGUUGCGGGAAAGAAGCCUCAUCCGAAGGAGGAAUAUUUUUCUUUGAAAAAAGUUGCAGUUUCUCUGUGGAAUAUGUCAUACAAUUUCUCCGGAUUCAAAGCUGAGUCUUUUGUUUUGAGUAAUAGAUCUUCUGUUUUCUUGUUACAGGUAAGGGUGGAAGAGGAUCCUCUCAGUCGCAGAUAGAUUGUUGCUUCUUUUUCUUUUUUUUUUUCUCUUUUUCUUUUUUUUUUUCCUUUUUCCUUUUUCCUUUUUCCUUUUUUUCCUCCAAUGUAAUUUUAUGUGUUAGGCGUUUUUUAAUUAUUGCUACGCAUUGAAGUUUGAUUUGAUUGUAUGAGUACAUGUUUUCCUCGGAAAGAAAACCCAAGCAUUCUAAUGGAAAAAAGAGACCAUCCUCUUUUCGUUUUGGUUA